AUGGCAGAGCCGUCACACAACCCAUAUACUCGAUCUCCCAACCCAUCCACAAGGUCAUAUGACUCGUCUUCAGUCUCUUCCGCUACUUCGCCGAGGCCGCCGUCUCGAUAUCCCGGGGGGUUUCUCGGUGCCAGCUCGAGACCCAACGCAGCCUCGAGUCCUCAACCCAUCGGAAUGCCUCCUCUGCCCCCCGUCAAUCAAGGGUUUCCUCCCUACGGCUCCGUCUUGAGUCGGGAAGCCCUCUCCCUGACCGAUUCUGCCAUGGGCGGCCAGGCUGUUGGCCAUGGGCAUUUGCCGGGAACCCCCGGCACUCAGGCUCAAAAGAGGGCAUACCGUCAGAGAAGGAAGGAUCCUAGUUGCGACGCCUGUCGCGAGCGCAAGGUCAAAUGCGAUGCAACCGAGACGACGAGCUGCUCGGAAUGCUCCAGCCGCAACGUAAAGUGCCAGUUCACCAAGGAAACGAACAGGAGGAUGUCUUCCAUCAAGCAAGUCCAAGACUUGGAAAAGCAGAUUGAGCGAGUAAGGCGAGAAAACUCCAGCCUGCGUCGUCUCUUGGAGGAGCGGGACGGCCACAUGGAUGUCGAGUUGGAUGCGACGGACCGGCAAUCCGCCCAGCUGCCGUCCAUAGGGUCGGAACCGAAACUGCGCAAGAGGCUGGCCCCAAAUCACGACCUGGCCCGGGCCCGAGCCAAUGUGCGCAACUUUUCCAAGGGCAUCUGGAAACCUCCCGCUCAGCAUCGUAGUAACUCUGCUGCGGCCGCUUUUGACUUCCCAAACCCGGAACUGCCGCCGCAGCCCCUGACGGACCGCCUUGUGCAUUUCUUUCUGAGCUCGGCUCACACCAUGUUUCCCAUCAUCCACACGCCGACUUUCCAGUCCAUGGUGGACGACAUGUACAAGGCGCACCCUCCGCGCCUACCUGCCGCUUCUUACGGCCUUUUCUUUGCCGUCCUCGCAGCCGGCAGCUUGUUCAGCCCCGAACCGCCCACGACGACGACGUUUUACCGACCUGCCGAGUUUCUCGAGUCGGCGCGCAAGAUGAUGGACCCCUGGAGCAACCACUCGAGCCUGGACGACGCAAGAACUCUGGUCCUCGUCACCCUCUGCCUCAACGAGAUGAAUUUGAAGUCGGCCGCCUGGAACUGGCUCGGCAACGCGGUGCGCGUUGGUCAAGACUUGGGCCUGUACUCCGAGUCCGGGUCUAGGUCUGUGAUUGACGGAGAAAUGCGCCGGAGAACGUGGUGGGCGAUUUACAUCUUGGACAGAACCCUGGCGACCGAAAUGGGGCACCCGUUCCUCAUUGACGACGCAGACUGCGACGUCUCACUACCGGCCGCCGUCGACGACCAGUACCUUCGGGAAGACGGGAUGCGAGUGCCUACCGGCGCGGAGCCUCUGACCCACUCGCUCUUGGCAGUCAUUCACGUUGUCCGAUCGUACACCGUGCUUUUGAAAGCGCUGGAAAGUCCGGUGCUGUCGGCCGCCCAGCUGGCCAUGUUUGACGCCCACUUCAAGAAGUGCCUGAGCACGUUCCCGCCGGCCUGCGACCCGUCGAGCACGGUGGCCCUGGCUCCUCACUUCCUGGCCCCCCUGGCCUUCCUUUUCCACGCGCGCCUGCUCCUCCACAGGCACAACCUGUCACCUCACUGCCCUUCCGAAGCCCGCCUGGCUGCCUUGGAGGCCUGCACCGUCGUCGCCUACGAGACGGCCUCGUUGAUCAGUCGCACGAAAUCGCCGGCCGACGGAGCGACGGCUUUGCUCACCGGACACAUUUUCCGCUCCACCUUGUUCCUGCUCCUGAUGGGAUACACCGACCCUGCCUCUACCUGCAUCCGAGCUCUGGCGGCCAUCGAUGCUCGACGAGACAUGACCAUGUCCUGCGGACGGUACUUGGCGUUUUUCCUGACGGUGCUGGGCACCAAGAGAACGGAGACGGCACACUAUCUGCCACGCCGACCCUCGCUGGACCAGGCCGCCCUGCUCAUGUCGCUCGGCCGCGACGAGGAGCUCUUGGCCUAUGUUUCUGCCGACGUCCAAGCCUCGCCGAACAGGUCGUGGCUCUGGUCGUUUCAAGACGGCGACGCGGAGGGGCCAUCUAGGACAAGCUCGUCCUCGCAGGGACUGUACGCCUCGAGCGAGAGCGGGCUCUUUAGCUCGGAGCAGAGAACCGGCUUGAACGAGGAGGAGCGCCGGGAGUGGAUAGGGUGGGUAAGGCUGGAUUCAAUGGCCCGGAGCGUUGGCUCGGCAAACCCUUGCUGGACUCGGAUGCCUCCUCAGCCGCCGCCAUUAGCAUCGGCGUCGGCGUCGGCGUCGGCGUCAGCAUCGGCGUCAGCACAAGUGAAGAGCGAGUCGCCCGUUGCCAAGGUUGAGCUUCCCAGGCUUUCGCUUUCGGAGACGUCGCGGUUUGCCGUGGCAGGACACCGCGGCGACACCAGCCCCUCGGUGCCCACUAGGGGAGCAGAGCGCAUCAGCAUCGCAAAUAUAAUCUGA